AUGGCUGUCCGCGCUCAGUUUGAGAACUCGAAUGAAGUCGGUGUCUUUGCUACACUUACAAAUGCGUAUGCGAUUGUCGCAGUCGGAGCUUCCGAGAACUUCUACAGUGUCUUUGAAGCCGAACUCCAAGACGUAAUCCCCAUCUGCCACGCCACAAUCGCCGGAACACGCAUAAUCGGGCGCCUCACGGCAGGCAACAAGAACGGUCUCCUCGUCCCCACCACCACCACCGACCAAGAGCUCCAGCACCUGCGCAAUUCGAUACCCGAUGCGGUCAAGAUUCAGCGCAUAGAAGAGCGGUUAUCUGCGCUCGGUAACGUCAUAUGCUGCAACGAUCAUGUUGCGCUCGUACACCCGGAUAUUGAGCGCGAGACGGAGGAGAUAAUAGCCGAUGUGCUGGGCGUGGAGGUGUUCAGGCAGACGAUCGCGGACAACGUGCUUACGGGGAGUUACAUGGCGCUGAGCAACCAGGGUGGUAUUGUGCAUCCCAAGACGAGCAUUCAGGACCAGGACGAGUUGUCGAGUUUGUUGCAGGUCCCGCUCGUGGCGGGCAGUGUGAAUCGCGGAAGUGCGGUUGUGGGCGCGGGGAUGGUUGUCAAUGACUGGAUGGCUGUUACUGGUCUGGACACAACAGCGACUGAGCUUUCCGUUGUCGAGUCGGUCUUCAGACUCGGCGAGGGCAACGGCCCUGGCGCCAUCAACACGACACACAAGGAUGCUAUGGUCGAGUCGUUCUACUAG